AUGGUCCGCAGAGGGAAGAUAAGGAUGUCGCCAGGGGAAGUCCCAACGCUGUGGCUAGCCUCCGGCGUACGGCCGAGCGCCAUGGUCCCAGCCCAUGGCACGCCGGAGAAUGUAUCGCGGGAGUGGACAGUCCCAGUUGACAUGUCCAACGAGACAUACACGCUGUUCGACGGGGAAGAACCUGACAGUGGAGUGGACAUGCGCUUGCGGACACGGACUCGAGCCCCCAUGGGCAUCAUGAUCCGCCAUCUCAUCAUGGCCGAGGACGUCCAAUACGAAAUCACCCUCUGCGACAUUGACUACCUCAACCUCCAGUCGCCCACCGCCCGCGCAUGCUCGUCCGACAGAUAA